AUGGUCUUGGGAUUCCUGGCUCCAUCCAAAGUGCAAGAGUACGCAAUCGAAGCCGCCACAUUUGAGCCUACAAGCUUAUCUAUACAAUCUUUCACUACCACAGGCGUUACUGCCAGGAUACAAGGUGACUUCUCCAUGCGCGCCGAGAAUGUCAAGGACAAGUCUGUCCGGCGCUUUGGUCGCUUUGGCACCUGGAUCGCCAGAAAGGUCGAGACCGGCCAAUCCUCCGUCCAGGUCACUCUGCCAGAUUACAAGGAUGCCCUUCUGGGAACCGCUGAGAUACCUUCAAUCGUAGCCGACAUCCGCAAUGGCCACACUACCCAUAUCGACUUCCUGACCGAGUUGUCCCCUGGCAACACCGAUGCCAUAAGACGUCUCGCUAAAGACUUCAUCGAUGGAAAGCUACAGGAGUUGCGCGUGUCGGCUGAGGCUUCAGUCCCUGUCAAAUCGGGCCUUGUCAAUCUAGGCAGACAAACCGUCUCUCGUGCUAUGGCCUUUGGAAACGACAAAAUCCCCUCUCUGCCAGAGUACAAGAUCCACAAGCUCAACUUCCGUGAAGUAGAAUUACCCGACCUUCAGCGUGCUAUGGUAGCUGAUGUUGCUGUCGAACUCGGCAACGACUAUCCGUUGGAUUUCACCAUUCCUCCGCUAGGCUUCGCUAUCCUCGUUGACAACUGCCGCCCUUCGCAACCUCUCAUUCAACUGGCCGACGCCACAACACCUAGCCUAUCCGUCAGACCAAAGGAAAACCUCAACGUCAGCGUGUCUGGUUUUGUAAGAAGGUUGCCUCAGGCUUUCACUCAAGCAUGUCCUGGCUCUCAUGAAUCUCCUCUUGACGUCUUGCUUGGUGGAUAUAUCCAUGGUAAUGACACCACCGUGUACGUAAGAGGCUCGGACUCUCCCUCCUUGGACACACCUCGAUGGAUCACAGACCUCAUAUCAGACGUGACAGUACCAAUUCCGUUCCCCGGACACACCUUCGGACAUCUCAUCAGGAACUUUACAAUGGCCGACGUACACUUUGGACUGCCCGACCCAUUUGCUGAACCCAACAGCCCUGAUGCACAGCCCAGAAUAUCUGCUGUAAUCAAGGCGCUAGUCGCUCUUCCAGAGGAGAUGAACUUCAACAUAAGUGUUGGUCGUGUCAGGGCGAAUGCGGAUGUGUUUUACCAUGGAGCUAAACUUGGCUACCUGGAUUUGAGCAAGUGGCAGAAAGCAAACUCGACUCGAAUCGCUUCUGCCGAGGACGAAGGACCACUCCUAGCCGUACAAUCGGCAAUUGAGAAGGCUCCUCUGACUGUCACGGACGAUGAUGUCUUUACCGAUGUGUUGAAUGCGCUGCUCUUUGGCGGCAAGGGAGUCGAGUUAGGCAUCAAAGCCGAGGUUGAUGUUGAGAUGGAGACGGCGCUCGGUCAAUUGGCUGUCAGGAAGAUUCCUGCCGAAGGCAAAGUGCCUGUCAAACCCAUCAAACGAGGCGGUAUUGGUUCUUUCACACCAAGAAUCGGCAAUCUACAGAUACUGGACACUAGCAAGACCUCAUUGACUCUCACCGCAAUGGUCAAUUUCACCAAUCCCACCGAAUACAGCGCAACGGUUCCCUUUGUCGAUAUUAACAUCCUGACCAACGGCACGUUGCUUGGACAUGCCACAGCCAAAGACGUCACAGUCGUACCAGGAGUCAACACCAACAUUCUAGUCACAGCCAUCUGGGAUCCUCGAACCAUGGGUGGUGAAGAAGGUCACCGAGUUGGCGUUGAGUUUCUAUCUCAAUACAUUUCUGGCUUCAACACGACAUUGAGUCUGCGCACUCAUGAGGGCACUAUACCAGCUCAGCCUUCUCUUGGUCGUGCACUGUCCAAAUUUGGAGUCGACCUUCCGACGCCGAACUUGAGAGGUGGUGAUGGCAAGGAUGACAAGCAUUUCAUCCAAGAUGCUACGAUGCAUCUCAUCACAAGAACAGCAAACUUUGUGUUGCUCUCGCCAUUGAAGACGUCGACAAUCUACGUCACAUACAUCAACGCGACGGCAUUCCACCAUGAGAAUGCAGUCGGACAUAUCGUCUAUGACUUGCCGUUUGCUGUGCCUCCAGGAUCCUCAACGUCACCUCGUCUACCAGUGGACUUUGGGUCGGUUGGAUACGACGAGGUUAAAGGAGCGCUGGGCGGAACGCUCAAGAUGGCGGCGAAAGCAACGGUCGGAGUGCGGCUGGGCAAAUGGGAGGAGAGGAUAUGGUACGAAGGAGCGGGUAUCGGCGCAAACAUCAGGCUGUGA